GGCCCCUCUCCGCGUCGCGUUCGCCCGGGACCUCGCGCACGGUCCCGCUCUUAAUUAAAUUAAUUAGGGCGCAGCGCGCGGCGGGCGGGCGGUGUCGUGGUCGCAGUGCCCCGCGGCGGGCGGGCGACCGGGAAGGACGGGAGGAAGGAAGGGAGGAAGGAAGGGGUCCAUUCAGAGCUCCGAGGGGAGGUAAUUCGCCGGGAACAAGGGGCCGGCUUUGCAAAGUAUAAAUAGUGCCACUUCAAUCGCGGCGUCGCUAUCAGACCCCGGGAGCCCUGCACGUCGGGCGGCACGGCCCGGCCCGGCUCGGCACGGCCCGGGGCGCCGCCGCCGCCUCCCCGCCCCGUGGAUGCCCGCCCGGGGAGCCGGGGCAGCGCGCCCCUGAGCCAUGGAGGAGCUGACGGCGUUUGUCUCCAAGUCGUUUGAUCCCAAAGCCAAGGAGAAGAAGGAGCUGAUCACCUACCGCGAGGUGCUGGAGAGCGGGCCCCUGCGCGGCGGCGGCGGCCCGCGGGAGCCCGGCGGGGCGGCGGCGGAGCCGGGCCGGGAGGACACGGGCAGCCCCGCGGUGCGGCCGGCCGGGCGCUCCCCGCCGCGGGAGCCCGACGCCGCCGCCGAGAGAGCGGCCGAGGCGGCCACCCCCAAGCUCAGCGACGGUAACGGCGGCACCGCGGGCUCCCCCUUCUCCCGUUCCCUUUCCCUUUCCUCCCCUUCCCCCGUCGGGGUCGGUACGCGCGGAGCGGCCCGCGGUCGCGGGUGGACGCGGGCUGGCGGGGAGGCUGCGCCCGGCGGUGAUGGGCGGCUGCCCGGGCUCUCCCAGCCACGGGAGAUCCGCGAGCAGCCUCCAACCCCGGAGCUUCCAGCGGAACCGCCCCGCGGGUGCUCCGAGUGGUACCGCGGGGCCGGUACCGGGGCCGCCCGCCGCUCUCGGGCGCUGCGGGAAGCGGCCGGGCCCGUGCCCGUGGCCGCGGGGACCCGCGGGUCGCUGCCGCCCUUUUGUUCGGACCGGCGGAGCGCCCAGAGCAUCCCUGKCACGGGUGCCUGGAAUAUUCGGUAYCGCGGGGGAGCCGCGGCGGGGCAGGACCGGGCCGUGCCGGCCGGGGCAGGAUCCCCGCGGGGGUCGGUGCGGGGGCCCCACGCUCCGGCCCGGGGCGCGUCUCCAGCGGAAAAUUGGCCGAGGAAAAACGAAUCCCGGGGGAUCGCGGGGCGCGGAGGGGCCGCGGCGGCCGGCGGAGGCUCCGGGGACCUGUUGCUGCGCAUCCCCCGGGGACACKGCGGGGCCGGAGGGGAGGGCUCGGUGCGGACCCGGUUCCCCCCGGCAGCGGUUACCGGAGCCGGCGGUGGAGCUCGGAACGGCAGCGGCCGAGGCGGCCUACGUGCCGUCCCCUCCCCGCAGGUGUGGUUCCAGAACCGCCGCGCCAAGUGCCGAAAGCAGGAGAACCAACUGCACAAAGGGGUGCUGAUCGGCGCCGCCACCCAGUUCGAAGCCUGCCGGGUGGCUCCCUACGUGAACGUGGGCGCGCUGCGGAUGCCCUUCCAGCAGGCAAGUGGGUGCGGGUGGCCGGGCGGCAGGGUGGCUCCGGGGGGGUGACACUGCCACGGGCCGCCCUCCCCUUGUCCCCCGCAGGUUCAGGCGCAGCUGCAGCUGGACAGCGCCGUGGCCCACGCUCACCAUCACCUGCACCCGCACCUGGCCCACGCCCCCUACAUGAUGUUCCCCGCUCCCCCCUUCGGGCUCCCGCUGGCCACCCUGGCCGAAUCCGCCUCCGCCGCCUCCGUGGUGGCCGCCGCCGCCGCCGCCAAGACCACCAGCAAGAAUUCCAGCAUCUCCUGUCCCAAUGUGCCAACUCCAACAUCGAUGCCAGGGCCAACAUCAACCAAUGUCAACAUCAACUCCAGCUCCAAAAUCCAAACCAACAUUGAUGCCAGUGCUAAAAUCAACACCAGCACCAACAUCAACAACAAUGUCAACAUCAGCACCAAACCUCAAAAUCAACACCAAAACCAACACUGA